AUGUUUCGCUUGAAUUCAGCCAUCUUUCGGCAUUUAUCAUUAUUUCAACGAGGAUCAGUCAUAUCAACCAUCGGCAGAUGUCAAUCUAUAGAACAUAGGUGUGAUGCUGAGGAUGGCCUCGACGAAGAACAAAAAGCGAUUCAGCAGACUGCCUAUCAAUUCGCUCAAAGCGAAAUGGCACCGUUUAUGUAUGAAUGGGACCGAACAGAAUUCUUUCCGAAAGAAACACUUCGAAAAGCAGCCCAGCUCGGCUUCGCUGCUAUCUAUUGCCGCGAUGAAUAUGGUGGAACGGGUAGUACACGACUUGACGCAUCGGUUAUCUUCGAAGCACUGUCACAGGGAUGUGUUAGUACAGCAGCAUAUCUCAGUAUCCAUAAUAUGUGUGCAUGGAUGGUUGAUACUUUCGGAUCUGAUGCAAAUCGGGCAAAAUGGGUGCCACGUUUAGCGACGAUGGAACUAUUUAGUUCGUACUGUCUCACCGAACCAGGAGCUGGAAGUGACGCAGCAUCGUUAACAACACGAGCCGAACGUCAAGGUGAUAAGUACAUAUUGAAUGGUACGAAAGCGUUCAUAAGUGGCGGCGGUGAAAGUGAUGUCUAUCUUGUUAUAUGUCGAACUGGUGAUCAAACACCCAAAGGUAUAUCGUGUAUACUAGUUGAGAAGAAUUCUCCUGGCUUAUCGUUUGGUAAAAAGGAAGAAAAGAUCGGAUGGAAUUCCCAACCAACACGGCAAGUCAUUAUGGAUGAUUGUCAAGUAGAUGUUGAGAAUCUCAUUGGUAAAGAAGGUCAGGGUUUUGAAAUAGCUAUGCGAGGCUUAAACGGUGGUCGAAUUAAUAUUGCAAGCUGUUCCCUCGGUGCAGCACAAGCAAGUAUACAAAAAACCGGUGAAUACUUACAAGUGCGAAAACAAUUCGGUCAACCUCUGGCUCAAUUACAGCAUUUACAAUUCAAAUUAGCAGAAAUGUGUACAAAACUCGUAGCCAGUCGUCUCUUGGUUCGUAAAGCGGCGUUAGCACUCGAUCAUCAGUCGAAAGAUACAGUAACUCUGUGUGCCAUGGCAAAGCUAUUCGCUACCGAUGCAUGUUUCGAUAUAUGCAAUCAAGCAAUACAAAUGCAUGGUGGUUAUGGCUACAUCAAGUCCACAUCCGUCCAACAAUACAUGCGCGACUGCCGUGUACAUCAAAUCCUUGAAGGCAGAACUAAUGAAGUCAUGCGACUACUCAUUUCCCGAGAUGCAUUGAAACGAUAUGAAUGA